GUGUGCAGGUCUUGUGAUGAUCGCGGAAGAGUUUCUAAUCUUCACAGAGAGCAGACACCGACUGACGGCUGGCUGUAAGUAGGUGAUGAAGCUGUUUGCAAACUAAGUGCUGCUGUGACGUGAUUUGUCAUGGACUGGAAGAGCAACCUGCGGCGCACCCAAUCACUGAGGAGCAUCCCCUCGUCAUGUGACAAGCCCACCUGGACAGAGGGGAGGCUGAGGGAGAGGAUAACAUCUGUGUCCCAGCUAGUGUCCAGAUAUCAAACUACCGUGGAAGUAAGUGCAUCCAAUCCAGAAACUGCAGUGAAUAAUGAUGAAGCAAAGCCAAAAACGGUGCUCAAAGAGAUCAAACCGUCUAUUCUGAAGCGUAACGAGACUCACCUAGAUUCUCUGAUGAGGAGGAAUGACGCGAGGGAGCUGUCACGAGGAGACAAAUCCAAUUUGACCCGCAGUAAGUCAGUGGGGAACCUCCAGAGCAGCGCCGGCUCCAUCGGGGCCCUGAAGGCUCUGUUUGAGUCCAAGGGAGCCACUCAGAACAAGGUGAGGAGUCCCAGAGCAGCGAGUCUCACAUCCUCUAACAAGGCUGCAGACAUCAAGCCCAUGGUGAACGGAGAGGGGGAAGAAGGAGAGGAACCUGCUCCAAGAAAGGAUGCUAAAACUGAUCAUGUGACUCGACAGGUGGUGACUCGGACCCGGGCGGAGAGGAGGAAAUCAAUCGGGGGGAUAGAUUUUGAGAGAAUUGCAGCCUCUCAGGAUGAUGAAAAGAGGAGGUCCAUUGCAGAUUUCAGAGACAGCUCUGUAAUCCAAAGCAAGUGUGUCUCGGUCAAAGCCAUGUCUGCCCUCUACCUGUCGAAGGUGGUACCUCAGGAUUCAACACGCAGCCUUUCAAAACCGGAACAAGAUAAGUCAUCUCAGUCUGGGAAAAGAGUCCAGCGAACCAAGGACUCAAUGAUGAGACCUUUACUCUGUUCUUCUAAGAUGUCCGAGGACUCCGAAAAAAGCAAAGACGACAUCCCUUCGCUUCCUUCAGCGAGACAUCAGCAAGGACCAGAAGACGUCUCUGGGGCCAAGUUAACACAGUCCAUGUCAUUGCAACUCUCUAAAGAAAAGCUACACCAACAGCGGGCGAAAUGCGAGCUGAAAAGGCUCCUGAAGCACACUCACCCCGAGCUGAAGACGCUGGAUGGAGUGGUGGACGAGGAGCUUGCUGAGGUUUUGAGUUUAGAGACAGAUGGUGAAACGGGAUACGAGGGAGAGGUCCUGUCAAGAUGCUUGAUAUUUGAGAACUGCGCCCUUACCAACAAAGUAUCUCCUUACAUCCCCAAGAAGCACGUAGCAGAGGGAACAGUGGAACGAGGCGAUGUCAGUAAAUCAUCAGCUGUGGUUCAGGAGCAUGAAGACAGGUCUUGUACUGACAAAACAAUUGGACCUAGUCAUGAUCCAAACAGAGAGGGUGAGGAGGAGAUGGUAAGAAUAGAUGUUCAGGCUACCAGGAGGAGAUUUGAGAGUCAGUCUGUGAACACAUCUGCACCAUUUCCCAAAAAUAACUGCCAAGGAAAAGUGUAUAUUUCUGGAGAUAAGAAAGGGGCAGUCCCAAAACAGGAGUUUAACAUGCGUAGACAAGAUAAUCUACACACCAAAAGUCUUGAUGUGAUAAACCAGCCUAACAAACAAGGUCCUUGUGAUCCUAUCAUUGGCCAAAGCAUUGACCAUGUGGUUUCCACUGGUGAAACACCCUUUGGUGAUGAGACUAGAAGCAUCCCUGGUCCAGAGAAAAUCAUCAAAACCAGUGCUGCUCUUUCCCAAAACAACCCAUUCAUCCCAACAAACAUAGAAAGAGAACACUCAUUUCUGCGUUCAUCACAAAACCAAAGCCCAGCGCGGGACGGUGGGGAAAUUCAGGACCAGGUGAAAGCUAAUGUCAAAAACAGAGCUCACCUGUUUGAAUCAAUGCCAUUUGACCAAAUCAGGCAUCAGAACAAGGAUGAAAUUGAGUGGCAGGUUGAGAACAUCAAGGAAACCCUGAAUUCCCUUUAUCAAGUUAAUGCCAUACAUUCAGAUGGCUCAAUCAUUGAGGUCAAUGAGACGAUGAUAGCUAAAAAGGCUAAAUUCACUCUAUUAGAAGAUGGGCCUGAGAUCAAAUACGACGAGGUGGCUGAAGGUGGUGCGCAAAACUUCAUACUCCAGUUGCUGCCACGGUCAAACUUAAAGCCUCAUAUCACGUAUCUGAAGGAGGGUAGGAAAGGAAAUAUCGAGGCCACCUUGGUGAAGAUACCAGUGCAGCAUCAUCACUUCAGUACCAACCAAGACACAGAGUUUAAAACCGCCAACAUGGCUCAGCUUGUCGAGGAUAUUCUCAAUCAAGAUAACUCUCUGCGGAAAGGAGUGAUAAUCCAGGAGGAUACGGACGGAGGGGCUAAAGUCAUAGUCUACUCCCUCUACUAUUAUUUGGAUGUGGACGAUUUGAAGAGUUACAGUCCUCCAAAAGGCGCAGAGCAUUGUGAACCAGAGCAGGAAAGAGGAGAUGUGAGAAAAAACGACAAUCAAGAACUAAAAAAAGGUUUUGUUGCAUCAACCAAGAGCUGCCUUCUAGAAACUCCCAAAGACCAAGGAUCAAUGCGGCCUGAAAUCACAGUAAAAGGGAACGUUAAAUUGUUCAAGAGUUGUAUUGAAAAGGGUGAUUUGGAGUAUUUGAAAACUCUUCAGGCGGAGCCAACCGAGCAAGAACAAGAACUCCCUCCAAGUCAAAAUGUGGCUGAACAAGGAAUGGAUCUGCAUCAUGAACAGAGAGGUGAUGAAGCAGAGGAGAGCGCUUCAGAAUGGGUCCCAGUGGAUAUAAAGAGACUUAAAAACAUGUUCUCUGGAGAUCAAAGACCAAUCCAGCCCAAACCAAAUGCAUGGGAAAAUCGUGCCCCCAUUUCUUGUGCAGUCACAGGUCUUGGAAAGAGCCAGUCCUCUACAGAGAUGGGUGUCAAAACACCUGAGGUAUAUAACUCUACGGUUACACCAAAGGGAUCAAACCUACAUUUUGGGACACAGGACGAUGGUCAGGUCCACCAGGCUGAACUAGUCGAGGUGGUAGAUAACAACGAGGAGAUUUCUGAGCUCCAAACUGCAAUGCAAAGCCUCCAUCAGGCCACAAUCGAGGCCAAAUCUUUGCAUCACUCAGCACUAGCAAAACAGAGACUCCACUAUCAAGAAACCACCUCAAUUACAGCAGGUGAUGGAGAAAUACCUCACACAAAGACAUGCCAUAAAGAUAGUAUUUAUUUAGAAGAAACUACUGAGACAUGCCGCAAAAUGGGUCAAAAAGAAGCAGAAGUCUUCCAGAAACAACACUUGCAAGCUGCUAUGGAGCCUGGACAUAUUCCAGAAACAAUCGAGGCUCAGCAGGAGGAAGAGGAAGUUGUUUUUCACGGUAAACUUCAAGCAGCUUUGGACUCCCUGCAGAAAUCCAACAUCAAUGUCAGCAGGGGGGAUUUCAGAGACGCCAUGAUAUACAGAAAUGUGUCCAAACCUCAAAGAUCACAACAUUUGAAUACAGCGUCUGUUCAAAUCCCCACUAAGGAGGAGCUUUGCCCCGUGACUGACCCUGAACCAACUCCAGCACCAGUGAGACAAGAGCUCUCUAAAGAACAGGGGACAUCAACACAUGCAGAGCCCAAAGAUAAACCAGAUACAAGUGAUGUCUCAGAGAAAAGCAAUACAAUACUUGUGGCUCCAAAACCAGCCAUCCCACCCAAACCUGAGCAUUUCAAAGUGAAACAAGGAGAGAUUCAGUCAACUGAUACAAACAAUCCUGAGGCAACCCAAACUAUUACUGUAAAAGUAGAAGAAACAGCUCCUCAACCAUUGUCAUGUAAGGAUGAACAAAAGCAAGGUCUGUUCAAAGCUAACGUUUGUGCAGAGUCGGGUUCAGUGAAUCCUCAAAGCAAAAAGCCUUUUGAUGAAGCCAUACCGAUGUCUGAGGAAAGUGAAGUGAGGCAUCAAGUUCAAGGUUCAGUCGUUAUCUUGGAAACUGACAAUGACAUUAGGCGACAACAGGAGAUAAACGUCACAGACGAAGAGAAAAGCCCCAAGGAUUCCCCAAUCAAAGAGAAUAUGAAUGAAACAGAUGAAAGCCAUGUAGACUUUAAGGAAGCAUGUAAGAAAUUUGAAGGUAAGAAGGCAGCUUCAGGGAAGGAGGCUCCGGCAAAGCCAAAAAGAGUUAAAAUUGCCCAGGUGGACAACAAAAAACAACAGUCUGGCAAUAACACCUCAAUUCUUGCACAUGUUGCUGAGGAACCAACUGUACCUGGUUCAUCCUGCAGUGAGCCAAACACCUGCGAACAAACUGCUGACAGCAAGAAGGAGAAAGUAAAGAAAGAAGAAGGUAAGGUCGAGAUGAGGGAGAAGAAAGGACGAACUGAGACAGAGGUCGAACGACGACAGCGUCUGUCAGUCCACAUGGAUGUGAUCAUGACGGAGAAUAUGACCGCAGCCAUGGAUAUCUUUGACAACUUGCGAAAGCAGGAGGAACUGCAGAGCAUUCUCAGUCGAGUCGAAGAAAUUGAACAGGACACAAGCGAGGUAGAUGUAAGUUGUCUGAGGAAAGUGUUCGAGGACGUACCAGAGUGGGUCGUCAUCCCCGGCAAAAAGAAACAAAAGAAAAAGAGAAAAGGAAACAAAGAAGGAAAGCUGCCAUUAACGAAAAACAACACCGAAAGCAAGUCUUCAAUGGCACAUGUGUUUGGAAAUCUUGAGCGAGCCAGUGAGGAGAUCACAACUCUUAAAGAACAUACUUUAGCAAGACUUGUGGAAAUAGAGGAAAGGAUUAAGAAGGCUCUUUAUUCUGUCUCUACUUUGAAAUCAGACGCAGAUAUCGCUGGUUUAUCGCGCCUGUUCAAAGAGUCAUUAGCGGUAGAUCAAGGGUCCCCAUCGUCUGGUGGUAUUAGCAAAAUUAGCAUCGAGUCAAGCAGAACAAAACCACUGCAGACACAGGUUAGCACGACAGCACAAGGAGACUCAGAUCUGCUAGUUAGUCAGGGUGAAGGAGCGUCUGCAAAACAACAAGCAAGUCCUCCAUCUUCUCCUGCCUUCAUCUCUAUCCAAUCAGCUGCUAAAAAGACAGAGAAAACAGAGUUGCUUCCACCUGAGACCACGAUCUGCCCGAAAUGUCAGAACAGUCCAAAGACAGAGGAGAGAUUCAGGUCGACUAAAACCGUGACGUGCAACAGCCCCGCUCAAAACAGGAAGAAGGACCCCAGAAAAGGAGGUAAAAAACAAUCGUCUAGCAACCCUAAACGAGAGAUGAGUGUCCUCGAGGUGCAGACUGACCAUGAGGGGAAAAGUAUCGUGGGCUCAAAGACCGUAAACAACUAUGAGAGGACUGAACCAUUUGGAAAUUGGGUUUCAAUGUCCCACUGUUGUCACUGGUUAGCUAGGAACAAUAUCCACAUGUAAGGUAAAAGUACCCAGAGGUUUAGGUGCCGAUCAAUUAAAAACUUUAAAUAAUUCGUAGAAAAGUGAAGUUUGUUACCCAUUGAAUGCGUUUCUUCAUACGUUUUCUGACAAAGUUCUUGUGUACAUACUUGUAUUUGUGAUAAAACCAUUGUUUCUAUUGAUGGUUGAGAUUUGUGUUGGUCUCUUGUAAUCUUAAAACUGUUUUUGAUUUGCAUUUGAAAUUAAAGAA